UGAAAGUGAACUUGGCUCAGGAAGGCCAGCGGCUCAAGGUCCAGCCCCUGGAAGAGAGAAUAGCUACAGAUUCUCCAUCCUCAGCCUCUGCAAGGCGACGGCUGUGCCAGCCGGGCUCUGGCAGGCUUCUGGCAGGCAGGCUCCUGGCAGCAUGGCAGUGAAGCUUGGGACCCUCCUGCUGGUCCUCGUGCUGGGCCUGGCCUGGCCGGCCUCUGCCCGCCGGAAGCUGCUGGUGUUUCUGCUGGAUGGUUUUCGCUCAGACUACAUCAGUGAUGAGGCACUGGAGUCCUUGCCUGGUUUCAGAGAGAUCGUGAGCAGAGGAGCAAAAGUGGAUUACUUGACCCCAGACUUCCCUAGUCUCUCAUAUCCCAAUUACUAUACCCUAAUGACUGGCCGCCAUUGUGAAGUCCAUCAGAUGAUCGGGAACUACAUGUGGGACCCCAACACCAACAAGUCCUUCGACAUUGGCGUCAACAAAGACAGCCUGAUGCCUCUCUGGUGGAAUGGAUCCGAACCUUUGUGGGUCACUCUGAUCAAGGCCAAAAGGAAGGUGUACAUGUACUACUGGCCAGGCUGUGAGGUUGAGAUUCUGGGCUUCAGACCCACCUACUGCUUGGAAUAUAAAAAUGUCCCAACGGAUAUCAAUUUUGCCAAUGCCAUCAGUGACGCUCUUGACUCACUCAGGAGUGGCCGCGCCGACCUGGCAGCCAUAUACCACGAGCGCAUCGACGUGGAAGGCCACCACUACGGGCCUGCAUCCCCGCAGAGGAAAGACGCCCUCAAGGCUGUAGACACUGUCCUGAAGUACAUGACCCAGUGGAUCCAGGAGCGGGGCCUGCAGGACGAGCUGAACGUCAUCAUUUUCUCGGAUCACGGGAUGACCGACGUUUUCUGGAUGGACAAAGUGAUUGAGCUGAAUCAAUACAUCAGCCUGAACGCGCUGCAGCAAGUGAAGGACCGUGGGCCUGUUGUGAGCCUUUGGCCGGCCCCAGGGAAGCACUCUGAGAUCUAUAACAACCUGAGCACGGUGGAACACAUGACUGUCUACGAGAAGGAAGCCAUCCCAAGCAGGUUUUAUUACAAGAAAGGGAAGUUUGUCUCUCCUUUGACUUUAGUGGCCGACGAAGGCUGGUUCAUAACUGAGAAUCGAGAGAUGCUUCCAUUUUGGAUGAAUAGCACCGGCAAACGGGAAGGCUGGCAGCGUGGAUGGCACGGCUAUGACAACGAGCUCAUGGACAUGCGGGGCAUCUUCCUGGCCUUCGGACCUGAUUUCAAGUCCAACUUCAGAGCCGCUCCCAUCAGAUCGGUGGACGUCUACAACGUCAUGUGCAAUGUGAUGGGCAUCGCUCCGCUGCCCAACAAUGGGUCCUGGUCCCGGGUGAUGUGCAUGCUGAAGGGAAGCGCCGGCGCCACCCUGCCUACCCAGCCCAGCCACUGCGCCCUGGCCCUGAUUCUUCUCUUCCUGCUUGCGUAACUGAUUGUAUUGCUUGUCCCUCCCCUGCAAAAAAACCCACCAUCUGCAAAGUAGACCUCCAAAGCAGAAUGAUUUUCAUUUCGUGUGUGAAUAAUAGCUUCAUUAACACAAUCAAGGCCAUGCAAACUGUAAAUAUAUUACUCUUGGAUAAUUCUAUACAUAAAAGUUCCUACUUGUUAAAAAAGAUACAAACUUUGUUUUUCCAGACGGUAGGAAAAGCCUAGCUUUCCAUUUCUUCCGUUAUAUGUCAUUUUCUCCUUUCUUUUCACAACAUUACUCAGGACGAACUCUCUGAGCAGAGGCCUGCUCCUAUAGCAACCAAACUUGGAGUGGAUAUUGCAGACAGAGGUGGCUCUGGGUCCCUCUCGGUCCCAUCUUGCACAAAGCAGCUCCUCAGACCAGGCCCUUGUGCAUGCCCUGUCCACACCCAGGAGCGAUCCUCAGGGUCUGUGGCCACGAGCCUGUAAUGUUCCUUCCAUCCCAGCUAAAAGGAGGUCCACACAAAGUGAAAGAUACUGUCUAUUUCUGACCCAGCUCGGGCAAUUUUUUCAUCUUAUACUGAGUCUCAGAAAGGACAUAACUUAGCAUGGAUGCCCAAUUCAUCCAAAAAUCAACGCAUCACUAAGGAUUGGAGAACUCGGAGAACAAGGUGAAAUACAGGAGUCUCCUCCCAAAGUCUGAGUGCACGAAAAUUUCUCCCUUGCCUUGAGGAGCAGGAAAGCUUCUGAUGGACACCAGCUUCUGUGAGACUGAUCACACACAGUACGUCAUGGCAUGAAGCCUGGCACAUAGCUGGCCCCGCAUGAUGGACUGAUGGAUGGCCUGCCUGCCUGCCUGCCCCCCUGCCCACCCGUCCACCUGGGCAAAGGCUUCCUCAGACACUGCCACUCUGUGGCUCCCAAUACAGGGUGUAGACAGGAGUAAUCCCUGACAUGUCAUUAUGGGCUGGGACAGGGAUGGCUCGCUGAUGAGAAUGUGGAGGCAUCAGCAAGGAUCUCAGCUGGCUCCCUGAAGGGUGAUGCACUAAACCUCAGUCCCGGGCACAUGGCCUGCUCUGCAACAACAGAAAGUAGUGCUGGGUGGAGAAUGGAGCAGAAGCCCAGUCACUGACCAACUAACGGGUCGUUUGAUUAGGAAACAGUUUGGCCAAAAUGCCGCCUCCGAGACCUAAGUUCUUUUGAUGCCCUUGAGAAGAGCCAUGGAGCCUGAGUUGAAAUAUUUUUAGCUUAGUCAUCUGUGUUUGCUAUUGUAGAACUUGUAACACGAGAGAUAACUGCCUUUUUACACGAUCGGUCGUUUAUAUCUAUAUACAUACAUGUGUAUAUAUGCACGCAUACACUAUUAUUGCAUUAAAAAUGAGUUUUGGCUGGGCAUGGUGGCUCACACCUGUAAUCCCAAUGCU